UCUCCGCCUGCAGAGGGAGCAGCCGGCUACAGGCUCCAAAGCGCAUUCCAGCUGCCUGACGGCCUCUUCGCCUCUCCGCUCUUCUCUUGGCUGGAAAUGGACCCCAACUGCUCCCGCGCCACUGGGGCCUCCUGCUCCUGUGCCAGCUCCUGCAAGUGCAAACAGUGCAAAUGCACCUCGUGCAAGAAGAGCUGCUGCUCCUGCUGCCCUGUGGGCUGUGCCAAGUGUGCCCAGGGCUGCAUCUGCAAAGGGGCAUCGGAGAAGUGCAGCUGCUGUGCCUGACGUGGGGACAGCUCUGCUCCCAGGUGUAAAUAGAGCAACCUGUACAAACCUAGAUUUUUUUUUUUAUACAACCCUGAGCCAUUUGCUACAUUCCUUUUUCUAUUAAAUAUGUAAAUGACAAUAAAACAGUUUUGACUUGA